ACAAGCCAUGCUUUAUCUUGUGACCCGCUCAUUUCUGUUUCAGGCACAGGAAACCCCUAAACUCUUUCAGCCCUGCCCCAGCGCCUGCAUACACCCUCUCACACACCUCAGCGUGCUCAGAGACCAGAAUGGCUGUACGAAGAAUGAAUGAACUCUGGAAAACCAUGGCUCUGGCUUUAAUGUUUGGCUUUCUUUUGCUUCACAGUUGUCAGGGACAGACCGCAACACCUUCAACUGAUACUUAUCCAAACACGGGAGCAGCCACAGGGGUAUCAACAAUGAUCACAGUAACAAACCCAAACACACGUUUGCCAGCAUACUCAACCACUGAGAUCCCUGCUCAAGGAACACCUGAACCAACCAUACUUGACACUACUGACCCAAAUGCUCCAUCAGAAACCACCGCCUCUGGAAGCAGCAAAGAUGCCAGCCUGACUGAAUCCCCACCAAUACAAACAGAAACCACAGUCUCCAAUGCCCCUAUUGAUAAUGCGGUACGGGAAACAGUGAACCCAAACAAUCCGGCCUCAAAUCAAGAAUCCAUACAUUAUAAAGCGGAAGAUAGUAAAGAAGAGAAUGCCAACUCUGGGUCUUCUCCUGCGGUUUUCGUGUCUGUGCUGGUGACUGGCUUACUGCUUGCUGCCAUAAUAGUCGGCAUAUACUACUUCAAGUGCCAUCGGCAAAGCAACGGCAAAGGCAUGAAACUGGCUGAGGAGUCAUACAUGGCUGACGAGGAGAACCAGGGCAACACUCUGGUGUCCGUGGCCCCUCUGAACCAACCCGAGCCCCAGGAGAAGCCAAGUCUUAAUGGAGAGUCACAAGAGGCAGUGAAGCCCCAAACUCCCCCUGCCGCCACCAAUGGCCACUCUACCACCAAGACGGCAGAUACAGAGCUGUGAAUGAGCCGUUCUGCCAACAAGGGUGUGGGUGAAACACUCAGCCCCUGCUUCUUAAACCCAACUCAAUCUACUGCAUAUUGACCUUGGCCGUCAGAAGGCACGAGGGAGACAAAGACUCAAAUUCCCACAUUUACAUGUAAAUACGAUGCAAAAUGUUCAACUUUAAGUCACACGGAACAAUUAAAAACACAUCUGAAUCAAAGUUACAGCUAUGGGAUACACAUAUACAGGAUAAAAAAUGGGAUAAAAUAAUUGGUCAAGUAAUCAUCCUCCUUAUCUAGCAAAAUAAAUAUCAAUGUUUGAAUGCUAUAUGAAAGAUUGUUGUGAUGUUAUGAAAGUUGUAAAAUGCCAGUUAUGACAGUGAUGAUUUAUAAUGAGAACAUCAUAUAAACUCAAUCAUAUGAUGCAACAAAAAUCGUUUUAGUCCAAGAGGUGCAUCCCUUGAGUAUAAUACAACUGUGGGGUGGGGAACCUUUCCCAUGAGUCACUGCUAGCUUCCAUUAGUACAGCCAGGACUGGAACAUAACACUGGGAGGAUUCAUGCUCCAGUCCCAGCGCUCCACAGCUGAGUGUAAAGCCCAUCACACCAUAAAGAAACACUCAGAAUCCACUGGGUGCGAGUUGUGGAUUUGUUUGCGUUGUUUGUAGACUCUAUGAAAUGUUCCAUAUGUUCGUCUUUGUGUACAGUAUGAUUUGACUAGUUAAUAGUCUUGUAUAAUUUUGUUAAUAUCACUGCAUGACAAAGUAAUGAUUUAUGGAGUUGGUGAGCAUGAAAAAUCAGUUUAAGCGUUAACAUGAACUCCAUUUCAUUGCUGCGAACAACCCUUAACAUAAAAUACAACAAAUUAGGUAUGCUGCAAAGCCCGUUAGCGCUCAGGGUGACAGCUAAAUAUUAUCUGACAUUUCUGGAUUGAGUUACACCGUACUUUGUAAACCAGUAUUAUGCUCUUUUUGUAAUAUUUUUAUUCUAGACAUCUAGAUGUAGUGUUUAUGGACUGAAUGACUGACUAAAUCGUUUGAAUAACCUGCCUUAAUUAUUAGAACUUUCUUGGGUGGGUGUGUUUUAUUUUGUAUCUACAUUUGCUACUACACUGUACAUAAAUCAUUAGGCAAAGAAAGUAUGUAAUUGCGCAGCCACGAAACCCUGGACCAUUGCCUUCAGUUUUAGUAAAUUCACUACAAUACAACAAGAAACAGUGCAGAACAUUUCUACACCCAUAUCUCAUUCACACUUCUUCACAAGAUUUCUGACACAAGACUAAACUGAACCUUGGGGUCAAAAUUUGGUGCUAGAGUGACUGUAUCUCUUGAAAUAAACCAACAGGAAAUGAAAUUGUAUGUUUUAAGGUUUAAUAUGAAUAUAUGAACAUAUAUACAUAUGAAUAUCAUGUCCUUUAUUUCAACUAUGACAUUUCGUUUUAACAUUCCGGUGUUCUGUUAUAUUUUGGAUCGGUGUACUAGCAUUGUGUUAAACUGAUGUAUGUUUGUGAUAGGAAUAAAGUUUUGGAAAAUAAA